GUAUGUAGGGGAUAAAUCUGAAGGAAAAAAAAGAGAAAAAGACAAAAAGCAUGAUGAAAAAAGAAGCAGAUCACAAGAAAGGAAUGUGUCAAUCUAAAUUACCAGGCUUUUAUUUAUUUAUUUAUUCCUUUAGCAAGGUUUAGAGAGGGAAGGGAAAAAAAAAUAAAUACUUGUAUGUUGCAAGAGGUUUAGGGGAAGUUACUGCUGAAAUCAGCGUAUAAAUGGUUUGCAAGGUCAGUCUCUGGAGCAGUUAGUGAGUAAAACAGGAGUGGAAAUAACACAAAGUACUCAAAAAAAGGAGGGUCCAAUCCUGAAUGUGUUUGGAUGAGUUUCUGAAUCUCCAGAAUGUUGUUCCUGGGCUAUGCAGCUCUGCUCUUAUGUUGGACGUCUUGUACUGCACAAAGAGCUUGUGAAGAACCUCCUCCUAGGAGGGUUAAGGAAGUGCCUACUAAAAUAUGGGACAAACCUCCCUAUCCACAUGGUACUCAAGCAACAUACAGUUGUCGGCCUGGAUAUAUAAAACCUGGACGAAUUAUGUUUAAGUGCGUUGAUGGGGCAUGGCAGCAGCAGCCCCCAGUGACAGAAUGCAAAGAAAAGCCCUGUGGGCAUCCUGGAGAUACUCAGUUUGGUUCCUUUGAACUUACCGUUGGAAGUGAAUUUGUAUUUGGUGCCAGAGUUGAGUACAGAUGUAAUGAUGGAUACCAGAUGCUCAGCCAAAGAAAUUACCGUGAGUGUCAGGCAGAUGGAUGGAGCAAUGAUAUCCCUUACUGUGAAGUGGUAAAGUGUUUACCUGUACAGGCACCAGAAAAUGGAAGAAUAAUUAUGGCUGGUGCAUUUGAGCUAGACCAAGAAUAUGCCUUUGGCCAAGUUGUAAAUUUUGAAUGUAAUGCAAAAUACAAGCUUGUUGGAGCUAAAGAAAUAAUUUGCUCGUCUAAUGGAAGAUGGAGUAACGAUGUGCCUCAGUGCCAAGAUAUUAACUGUGAUGUGCCAGAAAUUCCAAAUGGAUAUGUACAUUCUCCAAAGCAGUCUUACAAGGAAUUGGAAAUACUGCGGUUUUCCUGUAAUGAUGGAUACAGAUAUGGCGAAAGAUCAGAUGCACUGUGCACUGAAACAGGAUGGAAUCCACCUCCCUAUUGCACUGAAAUUGUGUGCUCUCCUCCAGUAGUUCACCACGGAAACUUUAGACCUGACAAAGGCAGUUACAAAACGGGUGAUACAAUCAUGAUACAGUGUGAUCCUGGAUAUCAUUUAAAAGCAUUGACUGGCAGAAACACAGCUGAAUGCACCGGGAAUGGCUGGGUGCCUGAGCCAGCUUGUGUCCGUAAGUAACUCUCAUGGAUGAAAAUACAAACUGUAGAGUUGUUAGAAGCAUCUGAGAGAAAAAGAGGUCAAGAGCAGAACUUAAGGAGCAUUAGACAUGGGAGUCACUCAUUUUUUUUCUUUGUGAUGUAAAGCUUAAUGUGAUGGUUUAGAAAAAUCACCUAUAAAACAAUGGUUUAAUCAAUAUUUACAUUAUGUUUAUUAACACAGGUAUUAUCUAUUACUGUAUUUGUGAAUUUGUUAAAAUGUGCUGUAGUCAGUUCACUUGUGCUCCACUCAAGGAGCAUCCCAGCCAAGAUAAGGGGACAUCAUGAGUGUUAAAGUACAAACUACAGGUAAUGGUUGGAAAAUGUCUUUCCUCUUAGCUAUCACAGCUUUAGAUUUUUACUUGCAGUUGUAGGUUGGUUUUAUGAAUAGUCACAUAUAUUUCUAUCUGUUAUAACCUGUCAGAUAACAAAACAAGGUAUUGAUGGUUGAUGAGUUCUUUAUUGACUUAAACUUCCCAUAACUACAAUGAUAGUAUUGCCCAGUAGGCACAGUAUAAAAAAUUGAUAUAUAAAUUAGCAAUUAGUUUCAUAAUCUAGCACUCUUUGAUCUUUGG